AUGGGCGACCCCGCAACCGAUCCCAAGGCGGCGCCGCUCGCCGACGAGCUGAGAGAGCUUGCUGUGUCGCUCCCCACGACGGCCUUCCCGAAGAACUUCUUCUGCGCCCUAUGUAACGAGCUUGCGUUCGACUCAUACAAGCUGAUCUGCUGUGCUAAAUCCAUAUGCUCACCAUGUCAAGGAAACCUCCAGUUCCCGACAGCGUGUCCCUCGUGCGACCACUCACCGCUCGAGGCCGACUCUUGCACACCGAACAAGUCUCUGCGUAACACGAUGCGAGUGUGGCUACAAAAACAGAAGAAGAAGGAAGAGGCCAAGGCCGCGGCACAGGCAGCUACCCCGCCCGUCGAGGUGACACCGGCCGCGCCUGAGGUCCUGCCGGUCGGUGAUGGUACAGAGCAGCCCGUAGACAGUGUUGAGGAUGCGCACAAGGCAGAAGGCGGUGCUGCUGAACAAGCUGCUGGUUCUGCCGAGGCCCCAGAAGAGGCUGGACAGCGCGCCGGCUCGGCCGCGGCCCAACCAAAGGAGGAAAAUGCUUCUCCUAAAAUUGAGACUGAGCGGCGCGGUAGCACCGCCUCCCAGAGCGUGACCAACAACACGGGACCUUCAGCGGCCGACAGCUCGACCGACGAGCAAAAAACCUCCAACGGAACUAAUGGCAUGAUGGGCAACAACCCGCCGAUGAGCGGCGUGCAAAGCCAGAUGGGCUUCGGCUUCCCCAAUCAGGGCGGCUUCAGCAAUGGCAUGGCUUGGAACGGGAUGCCUAAUAUCAUGGCCAACGGUGGCUGGAACGGCAUGAAUCCUAUGGAUUUCAACAACAUGGACGGAAUGUACGGCAACUUUGGAGGGAACAUGGGCUUGGGCAUGAACGACAUGUCUGCCAUGAAUAUGAUGCAGUACGGUGGCGGCUAUGGCAAUGGAUGGAAUGGUAUGGGCAGUGGCUAUGGAAACUUCAGCGGGCCCAAUCAGCUGGGUGGCUUUAAUCAAUCUGGAGCAUAUCCCGAGAUGAUGAACCAGUUUCCCAAGAAUAAUUUCCCAAACCAGAACCACAAUCGUUUCCAUGCCAAUCAAGGAGGAGCACAUCCUCAGCGAAACAACAAGAAUGGCAGCCAAGGUGGCUUUGGUCCUGGUUGCCAGAAUGCGCCUGGUCGUCCGGGCAGCCGUGGCCGUCCUUUGCAAAACGUACGUUCAACCCACCAACGAAAGCUACCGAACCCAUACACGGGAAUCGGCCAAACUUGGAAACCAAAAACUGACCCGAUUCGUUCUACACAGCGUGACGACCAGUCGCCUGACGGAAAUGCCAACCCUGCUCCUGAGGUGAAGGCCGAGGGCGAACAGUCGAAGGCGUCCGCAGAUCCAACUGAAGAAGGUAAGGACAUCGUCGACGAUGUUCCAGUAUCGCUCGAACCACAGACUUCAGCAGAUGGGGUUGGUGCUGGCAAUGCUAGCGAAGCUGCUGGCGACGACACUAACCAGGCAGGGGGUGGUCCACAAUGCGAGACUCAAGACGGCGGUCUGAAGCCUAUACAAACUGUAGACUCUGGCGAUGCAGACAUGCGAGAGUACGACCAGUCUAUGAUGGGCCCUGGUGUGCCAUACCCUCAAGGAAUGAUGAAUCAGUUCCCGGAUCAGCACAUGAAUGCAGCCUUCGACCCCAGCAUGAACAUUAUGGGAUACAAUGGCAAUUAUGGUCCACGUGGCGGCUUCAGUAACGGGGCUUAUGGUGCGGCGACAGUUCUGACAGGUCAGCCAACGGAACCGAUUGGUGUCGGUGUUGCAGGUGCGCCAACUGGACCACGCGCGAUGAGAGAAGGUCGACCCAACACUGGGUUCUCGAGUCGUGCCCAUGGUGGGCGAUAUGCAGCCCCGCCACCACCCAAAAGCGUCGCGUCUGCUCAAGAUGCGACAGCUGCUAGUCCACAGCGUAGAGUUCGAUCGUAA